AUAUUUUCUAGUUCAUUUUACAGAGAAAGAGAGUAAAAGAUAUAAAGUAGAGUUUUCUUUCUUCUUGUUUUGUUUCCUGAUUUGGGUUUUUGCCAUGGCUGGUUCUGCGGCAGCCAGUGAUCAGAGUCUGAGAGGAUCGGUUGAAGUUGGAAGGGAUGGAAACGGAGUUGAGUUGAUUUUGCUUCGGAAUCCUACAGGGGCUACUGUUGAGGUUAGUUGCCAUGGAGGGCAGGUUCUAUCUUGGAAGACAGACCGUGCGGAAGAACUGUUGUUCAUGGGUAGUAAGGCUGUAUACAAGCCUCCACCACAUGCAGUGCGAGGAGGAAUUCCCAUAUGUUUCCCGCAGUUUGGCACCCAAGAAACACUGGAGAAACGUGGGUUUGCCAUGGACAGGCUUUGGACCAUUGAUCGUGAUCCACCACCAUUGCCAGAAGGUGGCAUGACCCAUGUUGACUUGCUACUUAAUCCAUGUGCAGUUGAUCUCAAGAUCUGGCCACACAAGUUCAAGUUUCAUCUUAGAGUGGUUCUGGCAGAUGAUGGAAGCCUGAUUCUUGUUUCAUGUGUCCAGAAUGUCUGUAGCAAGCCAUUCACUUUCACAUUUGCGUAUCUCGCGUAUUUGGCUGUCUCUGAUAUUGGGUAAUGGAUCUGCCCUUCUAGCAUAACAAGCACUGAAAUGGAAAUUACAUGUCUCACAAUUGAAAAGCUUUUCCAAAAUCUUAUGAUAUGUGAGCUUGCUUCUUGAUACAAGGUAGGGUUAGCUAUUAUAUUAUGAUCAAAGGCUUGUUUUGUUGACGCUAGAAAUAGAAUAACUGAAAAGGAACUUUGGUUAUUGAUUUAUCCAUCAUGUCUAAUGUGCCAUCUUCAAUAAGCUUUUGAUAUUAAC